AUCCCCGCCGGCUCCCACCCUGCGGCCCUCCAUGGCGGGGCCUGCGGCGGUGCGGCGGCCCCGGGGCCCGGGCUGCGGGUCGCUGCUGCUGCCGGCGCUGCUGGUGAGCUGGGCGGCCUGUCAGGCCCCGCCGGUACCGGCGGCCGAGCCCCCCUGGGACGGCACCGACCUCCGCGUCGAGCGGCGCUUCGUCCCCGAGAGCUGCCCGCGGGCCGUGCGGCCCGGGGACUUCGUGCGGUACCAUUACCUGGGCGCCUUCCCCGACGGCACCCGCUUCGACUCCAGCUAUGACAGAGGAUCCACAUUCAACGUGUUCGUGGGGAAAGGCCAGCUUAUUGCUGGCAUGGACAAAGCUCUGGUGGGCAUGUGCGUGAACGAGCGGCGGUUGGUGAUGAUCCCCCCCAAUCUUGCCUACGGGAGCGAGGGGGUCGCGGGUGUGAUACCCCCCAACGCUGUGCUCCAUUUCGAUGUGCUUCUGAUCGACCUCUGGAACUCGGAGGACGAAGUGCAGGUCCAGACUUACUUCAAGCCUGAGAAGUGUCCCCGGACAGUCCAGGUGUCUGACUUCGUACGAUACCAUUACAAUGGAACCUUCUUAGACGGGACCCUGUUUGACUCAAGCCAUAAUCGGAUGCGAACCUACGAUACGUAUGUGGGAAUCGGGUGGCUGAUUCCUGGUAUGGAUCAGGGUCUCUUGGGAAUGUGCGUAGGAGAGAAGCGUAUUAUCACAAUUCCACCUUUCCUGGCAUAUGGAGAAGAAGGAGAUGGUAAGGACAUCCCUGGCCAAGCUUCACUUGUCUUUGAUGUGGUUUUGCUCGAUCUUCAUAACCCCAAAGAUGGUAUUGCUAUUGAGAACCAGUACGUGCCUGAGUCCUGCGAGCGGAGGAGCCAGACGGGAGACUUUCUUCGGUACCAUUAUAACGGCACGCUUCUGGAUGGCACGUUGUUUGACUCCAGCUAUUCACGAAAUCAUACCUAUGACACCUAUGUCGGGAAAGGUUAUGUGAUUGCUGGAAUGGAUGAAGGUUUGCUUGGUGUAUGCACUGGUGAAAAAAGAAGAAUAAUAAUCCCCCCUCACCUUGGAUAUGGAGAAGAAGGAAGAGGGAAGAUCCCAGGAUCUGCAGUGCUGGUCUUUGACAUCCACGUGGUUGACUUCCACAACCCCUCGGACUCGGUCAGCAUCACUGUUAACUACAAACCUUCCAACUGCACUGUGCUGAGCAAGAAGGGAGAUUACUUGAAGUAUCACUACAACGCUUCGCUCCUGGAUGGUACUUUGCUGGACUCAACACACAGCCUUGGCAAGACCUACAACAUAGUUCUGGGAUCUGGACAGGUGGUGGUGGGCAUGGACAUGGGCCUUCAAGACAUGUGUGUCGGGGAGCGACGGACAGUUGUUAUCCCACCCCAUCUUGGGUAUGGAGAAGAUGGAGUUGAAGGAGAGGUGCCUGGCAGCGCCGUGUUAGUUUUCGACAUCGAACUGCUGGAACUGGUGUCUGGUUUGCCUGAAGGGUACAUGUUUGUAUGGAACGGGGAAGUGUCUCCCAAUCUCUUUGAAGAAAUAGACCAGAAUCAUGAUGGAGAGGUUCUCUUGGAGGAGUUUUCAGAGUACAUUCAAGCUCAAGUCGAUUCUGGCAAAGGAAAACUCGCUCCUGGUUUUGAUUUUGAAAAGAUUGUUAAAAAUAUGUUCACCAAUCAAGACCGGGACGGAAAUGGGAAAGUCACCGCUGAAGAAUUCAAGUUGAAAGACCAGGAGGCCAAAGAGGAACACGAUGAACUGUAAAGCCAAGAAAACAAAAGAAGUGUCCUGAGCUGAUCUACUGUUGGAAGGCGUGUGCUGGAAGAGGUCUCGGCAAGAAUGUGUCUGAAGGGUCAGCACUCACCUCCAGACCCGGGUCUGCCCCUGCCUGCGUGCCGGCAGGCUGCUACAUUGGAAGAGAUUGGCAGUUGGAAUUGUUGGGUAUAUUUGAAAAAAAAGUGUUCAGGAUGUACAAAUGGUGGCUAAAGAGUGUAGUGCCGUGCCUGGUGUCACCAACCACGUAAUGUGGUGUCAUUUUUGUGCUAAAGAUUAGAAGUCAUCAUUGAACAAUACACGGUCACUUGGAUGGGAAGGAGGGAGGGAGGGAGGGAGAAAACUUACUGAGUGCUUUUAAAAGAAUUUUAAAAAACCUUAUGUAUCCAAAAUAUUUCUGCAGGAAAACAAAAUAGAAAAUAUUCCCAUGAAAAUAACUGGUAAAAAUUGUCCAGGCAUGAGCGCUCUUUCAGGGACUGAACAAACUCAUACAAAUAUUUGCCAGCAGGAGCUCUGAUCUGCAAAUUACAGACCACAGAUGAUAGUUAUGCCAUUGCAAAAUUUCCAUAAGCUGUGAAUUAAAUUAAACAGGCCUAGAAUUGUAACCGUGUGUGUGUCGGGUUUUUACCUUACGAAAUAAAAAAUUUGCUACUUUCUGCAUUGUGUUUAA